AUGAUGUUCCGCAUGGGCUGGAGCGGUAUGCUGGCGGCACUGGCAUCCGCAGUCUCGACGUGUUCCGGUGCAAGAGAUUUAGAUCGAUCACGCGGUAGUCGUCACAUAUCGCGUCAAGCAGCAAUUGCUCCUGGGAUACCAUUGAAAGUCCUAGCUGUCGGAGAUUCGAUUACACAGGGAUUCAAGAGCACCGACGGCAAUGGAUAUCGACUACACUUACUCGGAUCUCUAAUCGACGCUGGAAGCCAAGUCUCAUACGUCGGAUCGCAGCGUUCCGGAAACAUGGAGAACAAUGCCAACGAUGGCUUCGUUGGGUGGACCAUCAGCGAGAUCGCGGAAGGAGCUCGACCAGACUUCAAAUUGCUUCCGAAUGUGGUAUUACUUCAUGCUGGCACGAACGAUAUGGAUAAGGAUCCGGCGCCUGAGCCUUACGACACUGCGCCGGAGCGGUUGGCUAGUCUCGUUGACGAGAUUCUGGGUGCGAUUCCGGAGGUCACCUUGGUUGUGGCGCAGAUCGUGCAAUCUGGUAAUCCGGGGACGAGAGAUCGCAUACCAGCGUACAAUGCGGCAAUAUCGGGCAUACUCAACGAACGAGCUGCGAAGGGGAGCAAGAUCCUCGCGAUUGACAUGUCGUCUAUUGGAGUUGGUGGGAGCAACCUGAUUGACAAUCUGCACCCCAAUGACAAGAGGUAUGAGCUCAUGGCUGGAUUCUGGUUCGAGGCUUUGAAGCAGGCGAGUGAGAAGGGGUGGAUUACAGCUCCGUGUGAGCCUUCUGCGGAGUUAUGA